AGUUGUAACCAGAUAUUAAGAGUUAACAAAUUUCUUAUGUGGAAAGCUUUUCAGACUAAAGUGCUUGAGAAAACAGAAGUUCGGCACAUUAAGAGUUGCCCGGUAAAGAAGGUGAAUGUGUCACACUGCACCGUCUCUUGAAAACUUAUCGUUGGGUUCAUGCAGCUAGGUCUCUACUUCUGUUCCUUGAGUGUUCUCAGAGUUUCUGUUCCUCCAGUUCCUUCUUUUGCCUGCAAAAGUCAUUUCAAGAGAUACAUACUCUGUAUGUGUUACUUCAAGAGCAAGAAUAUUAACUUGCUGUUACAGUAGAGCUUCACUGAUGAAAACUGGCUCCAAGUGAAGGCUUAUUUCAGAAUAAGUGGCUUUGUUGUAGUAUAGUGUCUUGUUCUGAACUGGAUUGUUGACCAGUUAAGGUUUGUCUUGAGAAGUCCAAUGAAUAAUUCCUUAUUUCUUCACUUACAGAACGAACAUUAAUACCAGGAAACAAAUUCUUGGGUCCUGUACAGCAAGGCAGUGAUAUGCAAAGCUUGAGUCAAAUUCCCGUAUGGUUUGUGUAUGUGUGGCUUAAAGUAUAUUUACAAGUUGAGUGUGGUUUUGUGCCAGAUGGUGUGGUCCACCAUGAUCUGUUACUAGUUAUUCUGUGUGGGUGAUGGCUGAAUGGAAACUUGUUCUCUCUCUUGCUCUGCGUCACUUGAAUUCAACUCCCUGGAAGAAACACUGACUUAGUUAUAUGGCCUGCUUCUCAGGCAGGACUUUUUGAAGUGUUAUUUUGUAUUUGUUACGGUAAUUGUUAGUUAGUCAGAGGGAAGAAAAAUACUUUUCCAAAGAAACCUGCUGCCUUUUAAAAAUUCUGCAAUUUCUGAGAAAAGAAAACCCAAGUUUUGCAUGUACUGAUGUCCCUAUAUGCGCCCUUAUGUGAUGUGCUAAGUAAGCAAGUUCAUUUUUCCAGCUAAUUACCUGGCAUACGGUGUCUAAAGAACAGGUUAUAUCAAAAUGGGUACCAAACUGUAGAACUGCUAUGAAAGAUGGUUACAAUUCCAUUUUAGCACCUUAUUAUGAGUGAAGAAUAGUGCCAUUCAGGUCUUCUCUGUGGCCUCAAGCCCUCUUUUAGUAUCUUGUUUAAUGCUUCAGUGCUAACUAGGAUUCUUUGCAUUCUUAUUCUGAAAUAAUCCUUCUAACCAGUACCACUCGCCACUUAUUACAGCAGUGUAUUCCAUGGGUCGAAAGAACAGAGUUUUAGGAUGUGGUUUCUUAACGUGUUAUUUUGUUGACUUGAAAAUUCCAACUGUUGGCCAGGGGAGCUCAGGCUCGAUGCUACACCUGUGGCAAGGGGCUUGCUAAACAAAAUUCUGGGGUCUGUGGAAGUCUGUACUAGGAGCAUUUUCUUUCAAAUACAUUUUUUUUUAUAUUUCAACUGUACUGCAUUUUAUUUGACCAAUAAAAAAAGGAACGUACUCUUUUGAGACCUGGCAGGUCUUUAUUAUUUUUUUAAAGAACAAAACCACUGUUAACUAGUGGAACUGUGUAAACAGGGCUCAGGAAAGAGGUAAGUUGAUGGAGUUGGCUACCCAGUGCGCUUUCCAGCUGCUCGCAGGGACGUAGGGCCGGCCGUCGCCCAGCCAUCUGCCCUUCCCUUGCCCGCACCCAACAUGGCGCCGGCGAAGCGCUGCCUGCGUCCUCUGGCGCAUGCGCGAAGGCGGGAGCUGCGCGGCGGGAGCUGCGCGUGCCGUGACCGUGAGGCAUGUGGCGGCUCGCGCGGUCGCUGAGGCGGAGCGGCUCGAGCUGGCAGUUGGGCGGCGCGGCCGUCGCUCGGUUGACGGUCGCCGCGGGGUCUCCGCAACCGAGCGGGAGCCCCGGCGGUUGGUACGAGUGGCUGGCGCAGUCGGUCCCCGUGCACUGGGCGGAAGAUGGGCUGGUGGCACUGCAGGCGGCCGCGGGGCUCCCGUGGUGGGCCGCCAUUGUGUGCGGCGGCGCCCUGCUCCGCAGCGCCGUCACCUUGCCGCUGGCCGCGCACCAGGGCCGCCUCCUGGCCAAGUUGGAAAACUUGCAGCCUGAGAUUAAAAAACUAGCUGAGCAGCUUCGCUAUGAAGUUUCUGUUCGUGGAAAGCAACUGGGUUGGUCUGAAAAGGUUGCCAGAUUCCAUUUUAAGAAGAACCUGCGGAGGAUCAUUACAGAACUGUACAUUCGAGACAACUGCCAUCCAUUCAAAGCCACUUUAUUGGUGUGGGUACAGAUUCCAAUGUGGGUCUGCGUGUCUCUUGCAUUGCGCAACUGCAGUGUUGGUGCUUUGGACUCAGAAGUUCAAGAACAGUUUUUGACAGGUGGAGCACUGUGGUUUACAGACCUCACAGCACCAGAUUCCACAUGGAUUAUGCCAGUUUCACUUGGACUCUUGAAUUUGCUGAUAGUGGAGAUCUUUGCUUCGCAAAAACUGGAAGCUUCCAGGUUCCAGAAGCUUGCUACAAAUUUCUUUAGAGCGUUGUCAGUAGUAAUGAUCCCUAUUGCUGCAACAGUCCCCUCGUUGUCAAAUGGGAGAGUCUUCGCAAGAGAGAAGUUCAUGCCAUCAGUUUGCAAUCCCCAUCCCUGAACACUACAGAAGAGCUUUGGGAAGAGAGUAUAUACAUCUAGGAGCAACUUUUCUCCUGGUAUCAGUGACCCCUUAAUUCAGGUACAGGUAAGAAUGCUGCUUUCUAUACAUUUCCUUUCAGUGUGGGAUAUGUGUGCAUGAGUGUUUCUGGUGAAAUGAGGGCAUUGGUCUUAAUUCUGAGAAGAGGCAGCGAGUA